AUGAAUCCACAAUCGCCUGCCGUAUCACCUGCUCCAUCGACCACAUCUACCGCUAACCAGUCAGAUCGAAAUGGAGACCAGAUAACACUUCCGGUGGAGGCGACGGCCAACCUAUCGCUUAACGGGAAGGCUGUCCCUCCUAAAAGGCCUACCAUGACGGCUCGCAUCUCCCGCAUGUUCUCUCAAGCUCCUAAGGCCAAGGAUCAAGAUGACCCCAGAUCACGGAGCCCAGAUCAGAAUGUCGACACUCCUGGCACAGUCAAGGCGCCGCCUAAACUUGCUACACCUACUCAGCAGCCAUCAUACGACCAGAAGGAAUCAAAAGAUGCAAAAGACCGCAAAUUCAGCAUGUUGAGCACUAGCAAGGACAAAGUCAACGACAUCACGGGAAACAACCCAGCCAACAAUCAAUACAAGCGAUUCGAGAUGAACGAGGAUGGCACGCAUACACAUUAUCUCAAGUCUGUAAAGCGACAGGAAAAGUUGUCUGACAUGCUCAGCAGCAUGCUUGGCGGUGGUAAGAGAAAAGAAGCAGACGGCGGAGACAAUCAUCAGCAACUCUCCUUGAUGUCCUCGUGGGUUGAUCAGCUCAAGUUAGAACGCGAAAGUCUUGCUAGCGACAAGAAAGGUGGGCCCAAUGCCGCUGCCGGGCUCGUCGAGAAAUAUGGCAAAUGUCAAGAAAUCGUCGGUCGGGGUGCAUUCGGCAUCGUCAGGAUAUCGCAUAAACCCGAUCCCAAGGACGCAAGGGCUGAACUGCUCUAUGCUGUCAAGGAAUUUCGAAAGCGGCCGCAGGAGACCCCGAAGAAAUAUCAGAAGCGCCUGACAUCGGAAUUCUGUAUAUCAUCGUCAUUGCGACACCCAAAUAUAAUCCAUACGCUCGAUCUUCUACAAGAUGCCAAAGGGGACUAUUGCGAAGUGAUGGAGUACUGUGCUGGGGGCGAUCUUUAUACUCUGGUACUUGCUGCCGGCACCUUGCAGGUUCCAGAAGCCGACUGCUUCUUCAAACAACUGAUGCGCGGCGUCGAAUAUAUGCACGAAAUGGGUGUUGCUCACCGCGAUCUCAAACCUGAGAAUCUUCUGCUCACCACCCACGGGUCCCUCAAGAUCACCGACUUUGGCAACGGUGAAUGCUUCCGUAUGGCGUGGGAGAAAGAGGCUCACAUGACGGCCGGAUUAUGUGGCAGCGCUCCAUACAUUGCUCCUGAAGAGUACGGUGGAGGCGAAUUCGAUCCGCGAGCCGUCGACGUCUGGGCCUGCGGUGUCAUCUACAUGGCAAUGCGUACAGGUCGCCAUCUUUGGAGAGUUGCACGGAAAGAAGAAGACGAAUUCUAUCAGCGAUAUUUGGAAGGUAGAAGGGACGAAGACGGUUAUGCUCCGAUAGAGACAUUGCAUAGGGCUCGCUGUCGAAAUGUAAUAUACUCCAUCCUUGAUCCUAACCCUGGUCGUCGCAUUACAGCUUCCCAAGUUCUCAAGUCGGAAUGGGGUCGUGAGAUCAAGGCGGAGAGGAAGUCUGACAACGGUAGAAAGGAUGAGUGUCUCCCGGGCCCUUUCUAG